CGGAAUGGCUUAAAAGAGAAGCCAUGGCAAGCUCUGACAGUGAAGUGAAAACCUUACUCAACUUCGUGAAUUUGGCUUCAAGCGACAUCAAGGCGGCUCUGGACAAAUCGGCCCCCUGUAGACGCUCCGUGGACCACAGGAAAUAUCUUCAGAAGCAGCUCAAGCGUUUCUCGCAGAAGUGCCCGAGGACACCUCGGUGCCAAACGCACAGGAUCAGCGAGUCCAGUGCUGCAAAACUGACCGAGGACAAGCGUGUUAUGUUUACGCAGGAACGUGCUAAAAACCUUUUGAACGACAAGCAAGCUACACACAGGCCCAGUACACGUGGAGAAGAUGAUGUGGAUGGGAACCCGAACAGUGAGAACCGGAGCGCACCGGGUCACAUUCCCAUGCGCAAACGCCAGCUCCCGGCUUCCUUUUGGGAAGAACCACGCUCCUCUCAUGUCAGUUUUGAAUAUGCGUGGAAAAGCCACUCGAGUGGGACUUUAGGAUAUGGCUCUUUGGAGAGUGAUGGAGAGAAAAAGACCACGAUUGAAGAUGAAUUGAGAUCUAACUCGUGGCUGCGUGUUCGGCGAGGAUCUUCGGACCUGGAACCUCUUAAGGUGGAUCUGACUUCUACCAACGUGGCCGUGUGCGCGUGCUGUCCGGUUCAGUGCCACGGACACCGGCUCCUCCACAGCCACCUUCUCACCCCUUAUAGUGCAUUUACCGAACCGGACCUCAGAGCUAAAAUACCUGCAACUGAACUGGACAUGCAAAAAAUCAAAGAUGGACUGAAAUACGGUUCAACACACGUCGUGGUCAAACCAAUUCCAACCAAACCGGUUUCUACGUCCAUUUUCAGCGUGUUUGGUUUUAUUUAG